ACUAGGUACUUGCUGUUGUGGUGGUUGUGAAAGAUUCCGACGCAGCUCCGUGCGCCUAAGGAACAGUGGAAGUGUGAAGUCGGAACGCGUUCCAGUGCAGCUCCUCUUGACCUUGACCUAACCCAUAACCCUUUAGCAGUUGCUGACGAAACCAGCGGUCACGGAUAAGGAAACGGCCGCUUUCCCUCGUUGGGACGGCAGACCGGAGGACCAGGGUCCCAUCUGCUUCCAGGCUCUCUCCCUCCGAGGCUGUGCCUGCUGGGUUCAGCUCCUUAGAAAAUCGCUUCCCAGUGAUGCCAAACCACCAGCCCUUCCGUGCCUCCGACAACGCAGCGCUGCGGAGGCGAGGCCGGAGAGCGUCAGGGCGGGUGUAGGGGCGGCCCUUACUCCCCGCUAGCCAGCCGUGCGGGGUCGGGCUCGGCGUUCUCGCAGCAGGCAGUCGCUAGGACAACGCUACCUGUCGCCGCCGGGCCGCAGCCCGCCUCCUGCCUCAGCGCAGCCCCGGGGCGGGGCCUGAGGAAGUGACUUCAGCCGGCGGCGGCAGCGGAGCGGCACGGCGGGGUUGUGCGACGGAGCGGAGCAUGGCAGCGGUGGCCGUGCGGUCCUUGCUGGCGGCGAGGCGGGCGCGGGCAGGAGGGCGGCGGUGCCGGGCCCUGCCCGCCGGGGGAGCCGCUCCGUACUGCACUGUGGCCCCGCAGCAGCAGCAGCAGCAAAGGCAGCCGGCGCCCGACAUGAAGAGUUACCUGUGGUCGCGCUACAAGGAGGCCAAGAGAGUCACCAAGGAGUUGGUUCCUUCAAUUAUGAGUAACAUGCUGAAUCCAGAUGCAAUUUUUUCUAACAAUGAAAUGAGCCUGUCAGACAUUGAAAUUUAUGGGUUUGAUUACGACUACACAUUGGUCUUUUAUUCAAAACAUCUGCACACACUGAUCUUCAACGCUGCGCGAGAUCUUCUUAUUAAUGAGCAUCGGUAUCCUGCCGAAAUCAGAAAAUAUGAUUAUGAUCCUAAUUUUGCCAUCAGAGGACUUCAUUAUGAUGUGCACCGGGCAUUACUAAUGAAGAUUGAUGCUUUCCAUUAUAUUCAGCUGGGAACAGUUUACAGAGGCCUCAGUGUUGUCCCAGAUGAAGAAGUCAUUGCAAUGUAUGAUGGCUCUCAUGUCCCUCUAGAACAAAUGAGUGAUUUUUAUGGAAAGAGCUCACAAGGAAAUACAAUGAAGCAAUUCAUGGAUAUAUUUUCCUUGCCAGAAAUGACACUCCUUUCUUGUGUGAAUGAGUAUUUUCUGAAAAACAACAUAGACUAUGAGCCUGUUCAUCUAUAUAAAGAUGUCAAGGAUUCAAUCAGGGAUGUCCACAUCAAAGGAAUAAUGUACAGAGCAAUUGAAGCAGAUAUUGAGAAAUACAUCUGCUAUGCUGAACAAACUCGAGCAGUGCUAGCAAAGCUCGCUGAUCAUGGCAAGAAGAUGUUCCUCAUCACCAACAGCCCCAGCAGCUUUGUGGACAAAGGCAUGAAGUUCAUAGUUGGCAAGGACUGGAGGGAUCUCUUUGAUGUGGUCAUUGUACAGGCUGAUAAGCCCAACUUUUUCAAUGACAAGAGAAGACCGUUUCGGAAGGUAAAUGAAAGAGGAGUGUUGCUUUGGGAUAAAAUUCACAAGCUGCAGAAAGGGCAGAUUUACAAACAGGGUAAUUUGUAUGAAUUCCUGAAGCUUACCGGCUGGAGGGGCUCUAAGGUUCUGUACUUUGGUGACCACAUUUACAGUGACUUGGCAGACUUGACCCUGAAGCAUGGCUGGCGCACUGGUGCAAUUAUUCCAGAGCUGCGAUCAGAGAUUAAAAUCAUGAACACAGAGAAGUACAUUCAAACCAUGACCUGGCUGCAAACCUUGACAGGAUUACUAGAACACAUGCAGGUUCACCGUGAUCCUGAUUCACAGGUGAUUUUAGAAGAGUGGAAGAAGGAAAGAAAGGAAAUGAGGGAGAUGAACAGGAAUUUCUUCAACGCACAGUUUGGAAGCAUAUUCAGAACUGAUGAGAAUCCAACUUAUUUCCUAAGGCGUCUGUCUAGAUUUGCAGAUAUCUACAUGGCAUCGUUGAGUUGUCUCUUGAACUAUGAGCUUGAUUACACGUUUUAUCCGAGAAGGACUCCUUUGCAGCAUGAACUUCCUGGCUGGUCAGACCAGCUCUGCACUGGCACCUUCAGAAUACCUUUCCUACAAGAGACAGUUCAGAUCAAAUAAACAUUUGGUGGCCUCUCUCAAAAAUGGGCAAAUAGACCUUUUUAUUUCCCCUUCUCUUCUGAUUGUACAUGUAUUUUGUUUAAGUCACUUGAAUCUGUUACCUUGAUUUAGAUGUAAUUCAUACUUGUUUUCAUAAGUGUGGUACCUGUUCUCUCUGCUCCUGCUUGGAGAUGUGAAAGCUUCUCUUGCACACAGAAGAGAUGAUGAGCUGCCAAAGUAGUAGUGGGCUGGAAAUGAGAGCGCAUUGAGGGGCAGGACUGGUGAUGUUUUAGAGUGGUUGGUUCUGUUUGUUUGCUGGAAAUUUCACUCUGCAGUUUACAAAGAGAUACUUGCACUCUCUGUUCUGGCCCUGUGCAGCACUCCAUCUGGAGCCUGUAGUGGACCUUGGCAUUGAAAAUCUGUAAUCCACUAUUAGUAAUUCAGUGAUACAUAGUUAUUACAGCUUCUGGUGAGACUGAGAGGAAUGGCAGAUGCAUCUUUGCUUUCCUUGCUGCCAUAGCUAGAGCCUUACGUGGAACCUAACUGCUGUUGUGUUGGUGGGGCUCUGCUGCACUGCAGUAAUUACAGUCUUGAUGGGCUCAGGCUGUGAUGAGCUUUUUCUCCUGACCGUGCAGUCUAUGUUCUUGUACUGUCUUGCUUAGCUGCAGGUGGGCCUGAACCUAAAGCUGAGCGUGACAGUAACUUGGGCUGCUUUAGCUUCAUUCUGUUAACUUUUAGGCAUCUUUCUUUUUAAGUUGCAAACCAAUUUAUCCACUCUCUGAUAAAAAAGCCAUUUCAAGAGGUCUUGCAUUUUGCAUUUCCAAGUAAAGCUAGAUCUCUGUCAGGCUCGAGAUUGAUCCUAAAUGCUGCUUUUAAAAAUUUUAAGUGUCUUACAGUGGUAUGCACUGUGGUUUUGCUGUUGCCUAGGAAAGAAUGUAUUUCAUGUAGCCUUCAGCAAAGGACUUUCACAGUCAAAAGUAGACAUGCACAGUGUGCAAAUGAGUUAAAAUCAAGAAAAAUGAAGAAUCAGAAAAUUAAGAUUGGAAUUUUCUGAUGACAGUUUACAACUCGAGCCCUGAAACCUGAACAGGGGGUGGUGGACAGUUUGUAUCCAGUGAAAUAAUUUUGGCAGUCUAGAUUAGAAGUUUUCUCGAGUUACUGAAAUUGCAGGUAAUGCAUGAACACAAACUCUGGGUAGCAUAUCUGUUCCACAGAUUGGAGCUGAAAAAUGGCUAUUUUGCACAAGGAAAACAUCUGUUGAUGUGCUUCCUCCAACAGGCACUUUAUAGAGCUGCUGUAUAGUUAUUUUUAAAUAAGGAUGUUUUCCUUUCUCUGCAUAGAAAGGGAACUUUUAAGUGGUGCUUCCCAUCCCAGCCAUUUUAGAAGGCACAUUAUGAUUAAUAUUUGUUUCAAAUUUGAAUUACUGAAGCCUCUGUUUCUAAAAGCACACAAUCAACAACAUCUGUUGCAUUUGAUAUUUGGGAUAUUGCUUGCUUCUUUCCCUGAUUGACAGGGAAACAAACUUUUGGUGACCAAAAGUUUUCUGGUUCCUGUUGUUUUUUUUAACCUGCCUGUAUUACAUGCAAGUACCUGUAUUGAAUUUCCCAUGCAGUAUCUGUCAUGUUUUUAAAAGCAUGUGUGGCAAGUAAAGAAUGUAUUUUAAUCUAGCCUGUUCUCCUGUAUGCUUGAAAUUAGUCUGAAGCCUUCAGAGGUGAGUGGUUGUAGAUUUUAUGUUCAUGGUCACCUUGUGCUCCUGUCUCAAACUUGAUGUGCAACAGUCCCUGGAAGUGUGUGUGUAUGUGUUUUAAACUGAUGAAUGUACUUGAACUGAGUGAGUUCAUCUAAUGGUUCUGCUGUUUUGUUGGGAGAAAAAGAUGGUUUGGCAGGGAUUUGGUUUGGCUUUAUGAGAAGACUUAGUGGGGCUGUGUGAGAAAUUUAACCUAACUGUAUAAUGAAAUGUGGGAAUGGAAAUAUUCCUGAUUUGCCUUCAGUUCUUUAUCCUGGUGCUCAGUUAGAACCGGCCGUGGUGCUACAUGCUUGUAGCACCUCUCAUGCUCCAGAGAUUUCAGUGCAAUCUUUGAAAUACCCAAACUACUGUACCUGCUCUAUCUUUACUACCAGCAACUAAUACUGUAUUACUCAGUUCUGCAUUACUGGGUUCGAUAAUGGGUUUUGUUGGGUUUUGUUCUGUGAUGUUUAUUCUCGUAAAGUUGGCUGGGAGUCAGUCAGUUUACUUAUUUUUCCUAUGUUAAGCAGGGUUGGAUGAUGUUAUCCACAACAAAAUAAUACACAUUUUGUUUCAGGAUUAUUUCCCCCCCCCCCUCUUCUUUCCUUUCUCUUAACUUACAAAUCAAACUUCUGUGCAAAGCUAAGCUACAACAGCUGCAAUAAAAUCUCAUUUGUAUUGCAUGACUUCUUCAAAUAAACAACGUUGCAUGAAAAAAAAAAGAGAAUAGAAUAAUUAUGGGAGGGCUUUGUUCCCUUAAAGCAAACCAACUACAUAUAAUAUGAAUUUAAGUGAGACUUUUCAAGUGUAUUAUUUAUUUUGCAGUGCUAGAAUGCUGCUUUUUUAACUUUGAAAAAUGUCUUGCUUUUUUUUUUUAACCGUUUCACUUUGGCACUUUCUGCAUUGAUUAUUUUAACCUCGUUAUGUUACUGACUUCAGAGAGGUUUUUGAGCUUGCUUAAAGGGCAGCGUCUCUUUCAUAUUCAUUUGGGGCAUAUAGUUCAUUUGAACACCAAAGCAAGAAGAAAUUUUCAUUCUGUUCUGUCAAGAGCACAGAGAAAAGUACUCUGUCAGUAAAAGAAGAGUUAAGUGAACUGUUGCACUUUUUUGUGAUAAAAGAAUGAAUGGUUAUUACAAAAAUAAAUGCUUGAACUUUA